AAUGGAUAAGCCAACAAAAAAAAUAAUGCUACUAAAAAGUUAGUACAGUCGUACCCUAGCAAGCGCUUCUUCCUCGCGCUAAUUAGCGCCGGAACGUUGCAACCGUAAAACCACCAUCUUACGAUCCAUAUUAUUUCUGUAUAUUUUACUCUCCAAUUUCUUUCCCUCUCUAUAUAUGUAUACACUUCUCCUACAAACUUUCUCUGUUUUUCCUCCUCUGAUAACUACAUGUUCGAUUCUUCCGCGUAAAAAACUCUAAUUCUCUCGUCGAGAGAAAGAAGAGGAGGAACAAAACAUCUUCAUCUUCUUCGAUUAUCAUCUUCUAGGGGUUCUUCUUCGAAAUCGUCGUUGAUUUUACAGAAAACCUUGAAGAGAGAGAAAAAAUGGCGUCGGAAGAUGUGAAACAACGAGGCGAAGCAGCUGCAGUUUCGACGAUCGUAAAUUUGGCGGAAGAAGCGAAAGCUGCUACUGAAGGCGUUAAAUCUCCAAGUCAUGCUCUUAUUAGUAUUUCUAAAUCUCUUGCUGCUGGCGGUAUUGCUGGUGGAGUGUCACGUACAGCAGUUGCUCCUCUAGAACGGUUGAAAAUUUUGCUGCAGGUUCAAAAUCCUCACAGCAUCAAAUACAACGGAACAGUUCAGGGUUUGAAAUAUAUAUGGCAGACUGAAGGACUUCGUGGUCUAUUCAAAGGGAACGGCACUAACUGUGCUCGUAUUGUUCCAAAUUCAGCAGUCAAGUUUUUUAGUUACGAGCAGGCAUCAAAGGGAAUUCUGUGGCUUUAUCGGCAGCAAACUGGAAAUGAGGAUGCUGAACUCACUCCUGUGCUACGUCUCGGAGCGGGAGCAUGUGCUGGAAUUAUUGCCAUGUCAGCAACUUACCCUAUGGAUUUGGUCAGAGGCAGGCUGACUGUUCAGACCGAUAAAUCUCCUCAACAGUACAGAGGGAUAUACCAUGCUCUUACAACUGUUUUCCGUGAAGAGGGUGCCCGGGCCUUGUACAAGGGGUGGCUCCCUUCCGUGAUUGGUGUGAUACCAUAUGUGGGUCUCAAUUUUGCUGUAUAUGAAUCUCUGAAGGACUAUUUGGUCAAAGAAAACCCAUUUGGGCUUGUCCAGGACAAAGAAUUGAGUGUGACUACGAGGCUUGCAUGUGGUGCUGUUGCUGGAACUAUUGGCCAGACUGUUGCUUAUCCUCUUGAUGUUGUACGCCGAAGAAUGCAGAUGGUCGGCUGGAAAGAUGCAUCUACAGUUAUUACCGGCGAUGGAAAAAAGGUUGCACUUGAGUAUACAGGCAUGGUUGAUGCCUUCCGGAAGACAGUUCGGUAUGAAGGUUUUCGAGCCUUGUACAAGGGUUUGGUCCCUAAUUCAGUAAAGGUGGUUCCAUCCAUUUCAAUUGCAUUUGUCACAUAUGAAGUCGUGAAAGAUUUACUCGGGGUGGAGAUGAGAAUUUCAGAUUGAUUCGGAGGAGAAUAUUCAGUUUCUCUAUUAGAGCUUGAGUACACACAGUAAAAGGUAAAUAAUCACGAAGAAUAUUCUUUUGUGGUUCAUGAGUAGUCUAGACUCAUGUGACAUCAAGUGCUGGUAUUUGCCAAGUGAUCAUCUAAAUUACCCUUAGUGAUUUUACCCCUUCAGUAAUCUGAAUAAAAAUAGCUUGUACCACUAGCCUAGAUUUUCUAGGAUAUUAUGAUACCUCGACCCCUUUCUAAUAAUUUAUAGUUUGUUUCACUUCUGUUUAAUUAUUUAUUUUGUUGCCCAUAUUUAAUGGAGAUCUUUUGUGGAUUAGAGUAACAUUUGUUAAACAACUAUUGGAUUUUGCACCUGUAAAAUAGUGAUUGCAAGUCACAUAAUGAACUGUUUGGAUUAUUUUA